AACAUAAUUUUUAAUUUAUCUCUUUCAAUACAGCAUAUAACGUAAGUCAAAUUUAUUAAAACAAAUUUUGUGACUGGAAACGAGGCGGAAAUGACUUCACACGAGUCAGAAAACGCUUCAGGAUUUCUGAAACCCGAAAUGGAAUCUCAACGUAGACAUUCCUGGGAUGGGAGAUUUUCGACCAACAAGAUUGACCUGGGUGGCGAAUCGACUGUUUGCCGAAACGACUCGAAGGGAAGGCGCAGAAGAGAGCUUAGGAGAUCACAUGUGGUGACGGAAGCACCUGAUGUGACAUUGUUUGAGGAGCAAGAUCAAAACAAUGCAUCAACUAUUCCGACUAAAGAUGACCCUACGCCAGUGGCAAGCGAAAACAAAAACACGAACAAUCGCCCAUGGGGACUAAGGAGGCGAAUUACUAAGACUGAAAACCAUUGCGAAAAAAUCGAAGAUUCAACUCCCGCCAACCAAACCGGGACCCCGAAAAGGCGAAGCGGCAUUGCUAGUUUCGCAACCGGGAGUUCCCCUCGUAAUUUGUGGCAGCCACAAAAACCAAGCGUCCGUUUCACCGAUGUUAACGACUCAAACAUCAACGCUGCUACCCCGCCAGACAUGAGCUCAAGGUCUUUUAGAAACAGGAGAGCUACAGUUCAUUAUUCGUCGACUGGAAGACCGUCAGUGAUGGAACGAAGGUUGCUACAACCCAUCGCAGUAUUUCUUGGACAUCCAGCAAGAAUAGCUCUGGAAGCUAAAGAAGGCAAGGCAUUGGAACAAACGAAGGAUAUUUGUAAAGAUUAUAUUGUACACAGACUCCAACAACGUAAACUUGCCAACAGAGUAAAAGUGACGCGACAACAAUCAGCAAGUCGAGCGUUGUCUCGUGACGUCAUUUUCAUCGCCAGUGAACUAGAACGAAUGCAGAAACACCUUUAUAGUGACGUGUCGAAACAGAUUGGAAUCACAUUACGAUCAGAAGAUGUUUUACGGAAAGUAUUUUUUGAACUUGCUGGUGAAAUUCUGACCACGGAACCCGUGACGAUACCGAAAGAAGCGACCGUCAAUGGUGAAACGAAAAAAGAAAAAUCGCGCGCCUUUGUUUCAAGCGGCUCCAGAAUAAUCGAGAUAACGUGGGGUCGUAUUUGUGCCGUGGUAGCAAUUGCUGGAGGUUUAUCCAUAGACUGUGUAAACCAGGGACAUUCAGACUUAGUUAACCAACUUAUCGAAUUUUGCGGUGAAUUUGCAAGCGAGGAAGGUGUCUUGAGAUGGAUAGUUUCACAAGGGGGUUGGGAAACUCUGAGAGAAAUGACUGAUGACCAUUCUGCUAGUCAUACGGCCAAUGACUACGGAUAUUUAACUCACAUCUGUAAUGUUGCAUUAGCGUUGACCGCGUGUACCCUAGCAACAGUUUUGAGUGUUGUAGCGAUUGCCAGCGUUUCCGACACUGCCGGAUAGUUUGAUACUUAUUUUUAUACAUAAAAUUGUGACAUGUUACUGCUGCUAUUGCAUUGCGACACCCUUUUUACGUGCAUUAUUAAAGAUAUUUUCAGUCGUAAAACUGUGAACAUAAAGUAAAUAAUAACUUA